AUGCAGCAACAAGAUGCCGAAGCCUCAAUCCCAGAUCAGCCGGGAACUCCACCUCGCCCACCUUAUUCCCCGGUGACACCCGUGUUUGCGCAUCUCGCGCCCGUCGCCUCCAAUGAGCCAUCAAUUGUACCGCCACCUGCAUCUCCUUCUCCAACAUCACACCUCCCUCCACAGGCAUAUGCCAAUUAUUCACACCCCCCACCUCCUCCGCACAAUCCACCAGUCUUCAAGCCCCAACCACCCCCUGUCCCUAUCUCUGAGAGCGAGAAUCCAGAUGCCAUCGCACUCCGUUCCGCCAUCUCUAUCCUGCAAAUGCAGAAGCAGCAAAGUUUGCGCGACAUCCAGGCAUUGGAUCGCAUGAAGGAGGCCGCUGCCGCCGAUCCAGAGGGGUUUGCGCAGGAGCUGGCAGCAGGUCGGUUGAGGACCGAGGACCAUGGUGCUGUGAUUCAGUUCUCCGAGGAUGAUGCGGGGGAUGACGAAGAUAAGGAAGAGGGUCCAAAACGCCCGAAUCCGGACGGUUCACCGGCGUCGAACUUCGGCCACAUCCCUGUUCCGCAGAAUAUCGUCCGUAUGCCCCCAAUCAACUGGGCCAAGUACCAGGUUGUUGGAGAGCCGCUUGAUCGAAUGCACGAGGAGCAAUUACAUCGACCGAGUUCUGGGGAGCCGAGACGAGGGCGCGCGCCGGAGCAUGUCUUGGCCUCGCCGUAUCGGCCAUUGGUAGAUCAGUUAGAGGGACCACCGUCGAAACUCGGCCGUCCAAGCAAGGCAAAAAAAACUUGA